UGAACGAAGCUACCUCCGUGCCGGUCAGUAGUGUUUUCGGCGUUCGUAGUGUUCACUUGGAAGAAAUAAGAAAAAAUUUCAACAAAAAUAAACAAAAUGAGUACGAAGGAAAACAAAGAAGUUGCAGUUGAAAGUUUAGACAACGAAAAAAGCGUAGACGCAAAAUGCGAGCUCAAAGGAACGAAGCGAGCGGCAGAGGAUAAAACCGAUGACGCCAAGAAAUCGAAAAAAGAAGAGAACGGAGCAAACUCCGAAGGGGAAGAGUUAGAGGAUGAAGAGGAAGAUGAGGAGGCGCUCGAAGAGGAAGACACCGGAGAGGAAGAAAUUCCCGAAGGUGAUGACCUAGAAAUUGAGGGAGAAGAAGACGAUGACGAAGACGUGGAAGGUGGCGAAGAGGAAGUGGACGAAGAGGAGGACGACGCAUAAUAAAUCGGGGACAGCCGUCUGCCCUGUGAAAACGAUCUGUGACGGACAUUCUCAGUGCAAAAAAAUAGGAGCUACUUUGUGGCCAAAAAGGUGCUGCCGCCAGCCUUCAACACACCCGCCGCCAUAUCGCAUAAGUCAUCGGCAUCCUCCAGCAGACAAUUGACCUACCACGCCGUAUCCACAUUCGUCAAAAUCGAAACCUUUUAUCAGUUAGUUCAGCAUUAGUAUCGUCAACGCAGGAUCAUCGAUCGUCAUUUUCGUCUCAUCGCCACAAACUAGCUCACUCGAUUUUUCGCCGCUGUUGGGUUGCAGUGACCGUGCGAUGUGCGAACGCUAGCCGCGGUACCUGACCUCUUAUAUCUAACUUAUUACUUAAAAACCUCUACCCCUUCUUCGAUUUGUAAAAAUGUCCAAUUUGUGUAAAUGAUAGGAUUAAAUUUAGUUUAAGUUUGUUUUUACAUUUUUCGUCGUCACGUAACAUUAUCGUAGUCUCGGGUUUAAUUUUGUACAAAAGAUACACAACUCAUUUUCGUUCUUCAACCUUCUUCGUUCGAGAUAAAAGUACGCAACACCUCUUUUUUUAUAUAUUGUAAUAAUAAUAUGAAAAAAGAACAGAUUUUUAAAUAAAAUAGAUGGGUUUGUCGCUGUCAACUACCGUCGUGUUCCGUCGGUGCGUCAGCUGACGAAAUCAUUCGCAGUUGAGUAUCGAAGGGCAAUAAUUUUAACAAAAAAAACAUUUGAGUAGGCUAAAUUGCGUAGUAGGAGUUAGUCUAAAGUCAAUGAUGAUUUUUUUUAUUAGAUCAGUGUGUUGUAUGUAUGAUACAAACCUUGUAAUUAUUUUAGGAAAUUUUUUGCGUUCAUUAGCGGUGCUAGUCUGCGCACUUUUCUUUUAAUUCACUGCCAAAUGUUCAGGUUUUGAUUAUAUAGAAAACUCUCAAAUUGAGCUUAAACCGCCUAGAAAGCGAUGAGUACAAAGCUCAUAAUUUAUUUAUAAUAAAACUUAUUUUGCAAUCAAAUCAAUUAGGCUCCUGGGCGGUUUAAAUAUGUUUUAAUGAUAAUUUGACAAUACAGCGUAGAUUUUAAGACCUAUGCAAGCCUGCAUGAUAUGAUUUUAACUUUGGAAAAUCAUGUUUCGACCGAUUUCUCCGUUGAAACGUGCUUUUUACCUGUAUUAUUUUAAAUUUCAAUACAUAAUUGAGCGGAGUUUUGUAUAUAAUUAUAACAUUUGGCGCGGUUUCAUUCCAAACAAAGUAAUUUUUUUUAUAACCCUUCGAGUGGAGUUUGAUCCGCUCGGUCCGAUUAUAUUUUUAAUAUAAGCAAAUAUUUUAUUGAAUAAAAUCGUCUAACUUGAAAUUGUUCAGUAAUUGUAAUUCAGUGGUGUAUGAUUUUUGAUUGAUACAUAAACAAUGGAUACAAAUUGUUUC